UUGGGGAAUUCAACUCGACCAUUAGCGGAAAGAUAAAAACAAGAUGGCGGCAAUUUGAAAUUUAGCUCUGAACCGAUUCGAAUAAUUUACUAUUCGAUUCGAAAUGCCCAGCCCUAGUCAGGACCCUAGUACUGCAUUUAGUGAUACUACAUACACACAAAUACAAAAGUUAAAUUUCCUUGUUUCUGAAGGGGGGGGGGGAAUUUAUUCCCUCACUUCUGAUCUGCUCAAAUCUCAGUGUUCUAGCCAGCUUUUUACAACUUUAUUGCGCUUAUUAUUUUUUUAUUCAACUAUUCAUUUAUUCUUCCAAUUUAUUUCCUGAUAUUAUUUGAUCCAUCCUGUUUGCAAAGAGACAAUUUUUUGUGCAAAAUAUGUUUUAAAGUUCUGUUUUUAGAAGUGUCUGAAUAUUUGAUUUACUAUUGAUUUCCUGGCCCCUCAAUAUUCAGUUAUAAUAUCAAAUGGUUAGUAGGCUUGUAUACUUGUCUAUAGUUUUACCAAAUUUGCAUUCUCUUUAAGUUUUUCUUUAUUUUUUCUUGUAUUCUUUCUUCAGUGCAUUCUCUCGUGAUAGUUGUAUGUUUAUUUUUUUAGAUAAUCUGCACAGUAGCCUCAAUUAUGUAUAACAGUGGUCGGCAAACUUUAUGUACAUGCGGGCCAUCUGUGCCAUGUGGUACAUCCGUGUCGAGACAAUAAUAAAUUUAGGAUCGAUUUUUAUUUUAUGUACUACGGUAAAUGUCGGAUCGUUAGAGGGCCGCAACAAAUUAUCUCACGGGUUGCAGUUUGCCGACUCCUGAUGUAUACUGUCGCCACUACUGGUAUUCAGUAGUUGUGCCUCAUUUAGUUACUUUUUUAUACUAAUCUGCAUCAGCUAGGUGUCGCUACUUGACGACCUCUUUUGGCCCUUGCAACUCCAGUCACACAAUUAACACGAUCAGUAUAUUUUAUUUUUUGUAACAGUUUUCUGUAUGCUUGUUUUUUGUGAUGACAAAUUAAAGAUUAAUUGAUUGAUUGGACCUUGUUUAGAAUAACAAAAAUGUUAUUCUUGCAUAUUCCCUAAACGGUCCUAACUUUAUAAAAAUUCGCAUUUAAGCUGACCCUAAAACACCAUACGCACCUAUCAGAUCGAAUGGUUACAGAAGAGUAUUAGUGCAAUCAGAGUUAUGCUCGUAUAAGCCGACCAAUCUUCUUUAUCAUUUUUUCUCAUUAGUUAUUAAAUGAAAUUUGAAAUAUUCCAAUAUGUCUCAUAAAUUAAAUGAAGUGAAUUUAAAAGUUUUUUUGAAAAAUCAUUGUGGAUUUGAUGGGGAUUUACAAGUAAAGAAAUUUCCGAGCGGCCAAUCUAAUCCAACGUAUUACCUAAAAAUAGGGGCAAAAGAGCUUGUACUGAGGAAAAAGCCCGGUGGAAAACUGCUGCCUGGAGCCCACCAGGUUGGCAGAGAGUACAGAGUAAUGAAGGCUUUGCACUCGGUGGGAUACCCAGUACCAAGAGUUAUUGUACACUGCACAGAUACUGAUGUUAUUGGGACGGAAUUCUUCAUCAUGGAGUUUAUGGAGGGUAGAGUGCAUUCACGGGAAAGUGCUGUUGGGACUGCAAAAGACAUAAAAGAAUCAGUUUUGUCUGCAGUGGAAACCAUUGCCAAGCUUCAUUCAAUUGAUCCAGAGAAAAUUGGAUUGGGUGAUUACGGCAAGAUGAAGGGAUAUUGCAGUAGACAGGUGCACACUUGGUGGCGACAAUACCAAGCUGCAAAGCAUAAGACUAUACCUGAAAUGGACGAGUUGGCCGAUUGGUUGAAAAGCAAUAUUCCUCCUGAUGUGGAAAGGGCUUCUAUUGUUCAUGGAGAUUAUUCAAUGAUGAAUAUUAUGUUUCAUCCUACUAUGAAUGAAGUUAGAGUUGUCCUGGACUGGGAAUUAUCAACACUCGGCCAUCCGCUUGCAGAUCUUGCCUACCUAUGCAUGGUGUACAGCGUUCCUCAGUAUAUGGUCCAAGGACUCUACGGUGAACUAGACCUACCAUCAGUAAUGAGAGAGGAAGGGUUAGUUUCUCACUACUGCAGGAUACGUGGAAUUCAAUUUCCUCCUCCAAACUGGAAUUUCUUCAAAGCUUUGGGAUUGUUCAGACUUGCUUCUAUUGUGCAAGGUGUAUAUGCAAGAUUUCUUCAUGGGAAUGCGAGCCAGGCGUCGUCAGAACUGAUGGAACAAAUGAUUCAACCAUUAGCAGAAGCUGGUUUGAAGGCUGCCAGGAAUUCUGAUUCGUUAUCCAAGAUGAGCCUACCGGUCACACUAUCUCCUUCUGCCAAGGGUCAGGAUGUAUUGAAAAGAGUAAAAGCAUUUAUUGAGGAACAUAUCAAGCCUAAUGAAACUGCCUACUUUAAUUACUUGAAGAAUGCUAAGAAUAAAUGGUGUGUUGUGCCAUUGGUGGAAGACUUGAAGGCAAAAGCAAAAGCUCAAGGACUUUGGAAUCUGUUUCUUCCUGACGUCAGUGGACUGAGCAAUGUUGACUAUUCACAUAUUGCUGAACAACUUGGAAAAUAUGUUUUUGCGUCUGAAGUUUUCAACUGCAGUGCUCCAGACACUGGGAAUAUGGAGGUCCUUCAUUUAUAUGGAGAUGCAUAUCAGAAAGAAAAAUGGCUGAAACCUUUGUUAGAGGGAGAAAUAAGAUCUGCAUUCUGCAUGACAGAGCCAGCUGUAGCGUCCAGUGAUGCCACUAACAUGGAACUAUCUAUCUCACCUGAUGGAGACAGCUACAUAGUACACGGAAGGAAAUGGUGGAGCAGUGGCGCUGGAGAUCCUCGUUGCAAGUUUGGAAUAGUCAUGGGUCGCACUGAACGUUCCGAUUCUAGAGGAAGACAUGGGCUGCAUAGCAUGAUUGUCGUUCCAUUCGAUACACCAGGAGUGAAUAUCAGGCCUUUGACUGUGUUUGGACACGAAGAUUAUCCUCACGGACACAUGGAAAUUGAUUUCAACAAUGUACGAGUUCCGAAACGAAACUUGAUUCUCGGUGAAGGCCGUGGAUUUGAGAUCGCUCAAGGAAGACUAGGGCCAGGAAGGAUUCACCAUUGUAUGAGAUCCAUAGGUGUGUCAGAGAGAUGCUUAGAAAUGUUCGUAUCUCGAGCCGCUCAAAGAAGAACUUUUGGAAAAAGACUGAUUGAACAUCAAGUAAACCAGCAUCAUCUGGCAAGAUGUCGUAUCGAGAUUGACCAAGCCAGAUUACUGGUCUUGUACACGGCUCAUAUGAUUGAUAUGCAUGGACCUAAAGCAGCAAGAAAACAGAUUGCAAUGAUCAAAGUCGCAGCGAUUGAAACGUUCAAAAAUGUGGUUGACAAGACCAUUCAGAUCUACGGUGGUGCAGGAGUCUCACAGGACUUUCCUCUGGCUGCUUGGUACGCUGGUGCUCGAUCUCUCCAGAUUGCAGAUGGUCCUGACGAAGUUCAUCUCGGUCUCAUUGCAAAGAUGGAAAUCAGAGAUCAGAUGAAAAAAGCCAAAUUAUAGGAAUUUAUUGAUCAAAUAUUCAUUGUUAAUUUAAAACUUUUCAAAUCCACCAUAACAAGAAUUCCUAAAAAUUCAAUUAUUCCUAAUGCUUUAUGAUUUAAAUCAGGGGUGUGUAAUCUUUAUUGUAGGAGGAUUUAAGUAAUUGGAUGAAGCCGCGGGUUACACUUUUAUUCAAAACAUCCUUUUUCAAUAAAAAAAAAAAACAGCUAGUUUUACUAGUAUGACAGUGACACUCAGACACUGUCAUAUGCUUUGUGACUCAGAAGGAUUGAAAUUGCUCACACGUACCAGAUAACUAAACUAUAAAUCAUUUCGCAGGCACACCAUUCAAAGUUGUCACUUCUCCGCAGACCGCACAAUUUUUCUUUGUGGGUCGCAUAUGGCCCGCGGGCCGCAGUUUGCUCCCCCCUGAUUUAAAUGACGAAUCCAAUCAACUAAAAUUGAAUGAAGUACUGAUACAAAUUUGUAUGCCACCAUAUAUUUAUUUCCUACAGAGGUAUCAGUAGAAAGUGAUUGACAUGAUGCUUGAAAGGAAUUUUCCACGACUGAUUGCAGUAUUAUAUCAUAUUGAAAUAUAAGGUGUCCAUGAGGUCUUAAAUUUUUUUUAAAUCGCGAAGGGAAUUAAUCGAUACCAUAUAUUGUUUUGGCCCUCGCGGAUGUAUUAAAUGAAGUAAAAAUACUUAGUGAACAAAGAACAACAAACCUGGUUAGGAUAUAUUGAGAACUGACAUCAUAACAAAAUUGAAAUUGUAAAGGGACUUUAUGUAUAAUCAUUUCUAAAAUAGGCAGUACUAUUGAUUUGGCAACUACCAAAGUUUUUUUUUCUCAUUUUUUUCCAGUAAUUGUAAUACUUUUACAAUCAAUUAUAUGCAUCGCUUCCUCUUUCUAUUAUGAUAUCAUAAAAUGUGCAGUUCCAUUCUAUACAACAGUAAGCUUUGUAUGCAACGACUUAUAGUUUGCCGUAUUGCCAUUGUCUGACUCUGUGGUAAGAGUAAAUCCGAUAAUACUGGAUACCAGACUGCAUCUGGCAUCAAAGGUGCUAACCAGUGAAACAUUGCAGUUGUGUGGUCACAAAAUAUAGUACAAGAUUCAAGUCCAUGCAUCUGAAACAAAUAACUGACUAAAUUAGAGACAUGUAUUCACAUAUUGUAAUCACCAUAUUUUUCACUAAUUUAUGCUUCACUUUAAUUUUCUGUGCAAUAAA